UCAUCCGGCGGGUGCGUGUUUCCGGAAGACGUGGCCGCCGCCGCUCCCGCCGGUGCCGCUGCGCUCCCCYCGGUCCCGCUGUCGCUGCCGCCCCGCCGCCACCAUGAUCUCCCUGUCCGACACGCAGAAGAUUGGAAUGGGACUAACAGGCUUUGGAGUGUUUUUCCUGUUCUUUGGAAUGAUACUCUUCUUUGACAAAGCUCUUUUGGCUAUUGGAAAUGUUUUAUUUGUGGCYGGCUUGUCUUUUGUUAUUGGUUUAGAAAGAACAUUUAGAUUCUUCUUUCAAAAACACAAAAUGAAAGCAACGGCAUUCUUCCUGGGUGGUGUGCUCAUAGUUCUCAUUGGUUGGCCUUUAAUAGGAAUGAUCCUUGAAAUUUAUGGGUUCUUCCUAUUAUUCAGGGGUUUCUUUCCUGUGGUGGUUGGYUUUAUUAGAAGAGUUCCAGUUCUUGGAUAUCUCUUGAAUUUACCUGGUAUAAGCUCGCUUGUAGAUAAAGUUGGAGAGAGCAACAACAUGGUAUAAUGAGGAGGCGGAAGACUGAUUCUAAACUUUUACUGUAUUAUUUAUAAAAUCCCUUUGAAGAAUACUCAGCACAAAGAUUAAGUUGUGUACAAAGGAAAAACUUGUUACAUUYGUUACAUAACAGUUUAAUUUAAAAUGUAUAGUCAACAAUAUACAUUAGAAAAGAAGCUCGGCAAGUAUGCUUCUAGGAAAGUAACUCCAGAGUUCAGGAAGUAAACUGAAGAGGUGAAAGUCAUGGAAUAACCCAUGUUACAACUGUUCAAGACUACUUUUGUUGGUUUUGGAAAACAUGCUAGAGGCAAGGAGUCCUUGUGGAAUUAAAGGUGCCUGUCCUUUACCUCCUGAUUUUGAAGGUGCAGUAGAGCAAACAGGCCUACAUUUUUAAGGGUGACCCAAACUUACCCAACUCUCUGCUUGCUAUCCUCAGAGUGCAGAAAAUCAAACAGGAAACUUCUUGUGUAACAAGAGAUGCAUCUUUGCAUGAAGGUCAAGAUGACUAUUCAUCUAUAAGUAUAUUAUGACAAUAAAAAGGAAACCCUACUCAGUUCUGUAGUAAAUGUUUUUGUAAAUAUGUGGCUGAAAUACAACAUUGUUAUCUUAAUGUUUCAAAGCCAAAUGUUAGUUGAUUGUAUUUGCCUUCCGUUUCGGAAUAUGCAAAAGGUCAAUCUUUAAUAACUUUGGUCUUAAAWGUUGGUUCUGAACAUGUAGAGCUCCUUGGGGAACUCUGGAAGCUGACUUGUAGUCCUUCCAGGUUGUUCUGCUUGAACCAUGUUACAUGUGCAUCCGGAUGAGAAUGUAGCCCCUUGUCACUAACAUGAAAACUUUGUUAAAUACACCUAGUUCACAAAAAAAUGCAUUAGGUUGAGGUGCUGAUAUGAACCCUGUGAAAUGUAACUUAUCUGAAUUUGGAACUUUGUUUUUAAACAGUUUGAAACUAAGCUUUCUUUGUUUACUCUGGAACUACAAAUUGACUUUUAUUUUUUACGGUAAUAAAAUGAAAACUUAAAGUUCUGUGUACGUGAGUCUCUGGGGAGAAAAUUCAGUUACUGGGGCURACUAAAGAUCAAGUGCCAAUCUCCAUAUGUUUGUAAAUUGUUACUGGGGUUAUCUUCAAACAACUUCUCUUGGUUGCAGAGGAUUCUUGGCUAACCUGGAAUAAAUGUCCCCUCCUAAACCAUGGGUCAUGUUUCUGCUUCUUUUGGAAUGUUGAACGUUGUGCACUUUCAAUACGCUUAGUUACAGUGUCCUCACCUAACAAACCGUGCUUGCUCACUGAAUAGUGUUUGUGCAGGUGGUGGGGGGGUUUCUGUUGUGUUUCACUUUCUCUUCCCUUUCAUGUAAUCCAAAAACCAAAUUACCCAAUGUAGUAGUAAAAGUAGCUAAGUAGCCUAAAGGUCUAAUGAAUGGGGUUUU